AUGGAAAAUCGUCCCUUGACCCCGGUGACAAUUCCUGAUACCGAUCCGUUAACAAAUGGCCAUUGCGAUGCUACGAACAACAAACUUAAUUCUAAAUCUCAGGACCAUGUCCCUAGCAAGCACAAGCCGCUUCAAAACCCAGCAGUAGAACCGUCAAAAGAGGGAGACACUGUGUCGCGGGAAUUGUUGGCCCAGCUGAAAGCUAAUACAGAGCGUCUAGAGGCUCUGGAAAGUAAAUACGAGGCUGUGAAAGAAAAGCUGAAAGCCGUCGCCGCCGAAGAAGGAGGAUCACAAGACGAAGCUGCCGACGAGAAGAAGGAAGAAGACGAUGACACAGCCUCGAUAGCUUCAGACCUUGCCGAGGAUGAUAUCGAGGAGACAAGUAAGAGCGGGAAAUCCGAACGACCAAAAUUCAUGGAAAGUAUCAGAUAUGUCAGAUCCGACGAAUGGGUAAAGUCAAAUCUGGCAAGAAACUACAAGAUUGCUGGAGACUUUCCGAUCCCAAAAAACUUGUCCCUUGUAGUUUCUCAGAGACAUGUAAGCCCUAGCAGUAUAUAUUUCAGUGAAAUGACUACAGUGGAUAAACUCUCAAGCGGUGCUGCUUCUGGAACGAUACCAUCCCCCGACAGACUCGCCAUCACUUGCGCGGCUCUGCUGGCUGAAAUUGGACGCAUCUCAGGAACAACCACUACCGAUCGGAACAACAUACUCCUUCGCCCUUUCAAGAACGUCAUACCCUUUCGAUCGGAAAUUGAAGAGGCAUUGCGGGCAAACCGAGAACUAUUCAAAGAACUUCAAGAGAUGAAGAGAAAGAGGAGAGCUCGAUAUGACAAAGCCUGCAAGGAGGCUGAGGAAAACGAAACCACUCCUCCUCCGAAAGAAGAGAAUGAUCUGGAGACUGAAGACCGAGCAAAGCUGAGGAAAGCUGCGAAGCUGUGUGUUGGGUUGCGCUGCUUGCUACAUUUUAUUGAUCACGACAACGCGGAAAUCAUGGAAAUUCGCAAAGCGACAUGGAAUGCAAACUACGAGAUUGCAUUCGAACAUCUUUGGCAUGUAUUUGAGCCUGGCAUGCUUGUGUGCCCGAAAGGGGACAAAGAGCAGGCAUAUCGCGUUCUCAAUGUGGGUGGAGGGCGACCUUACGGUGAAAGCGUGGACCAUAACGGGGCACCCUUGGCAGGCUCACGUAUCAUGAAGACGACCGAUUUCUUUAUUGAUUGCUUCCACAUUGACUUCAACGGGACUCAUUAUACACCGGCACCCAUCUAUAUCUCCAUCUCACCAUAUGACGGAACGCGGGCACUGAAGAACUUGACUGUCGCUCCUCUGGAUGGACUCUACUCGAAAGAAGAGGCACAAGAUCUGAAGGCGAGGCUCAUAGCAAGAGGGAAGAGGUUUGAGAAACUGGCCGAGGUCACACAUCAGCGCUACUCAGGCCUGAGCCUGCAAGACAAGACUUCAAGAUGCGAGGAAAUUGAUGGAGACGUCAUCAUCGAUUUCGCACUGGCUUACAAGAACAAUAUGCCUGAUGUAAUACUACCGGUAAGGGAUAGGCCCGAACAACACAGUAUUUGGCCAGACGUCAGCUUCAAAUUGCCUGCGCCCGCCAGCGCGCUUCUACAGGAAUUGACCUCGCCGGACAUACGAGAGACAAACGAACCUUACAGAGGUUGCAAUGUGGAGGACUGCACCACCUGCGAGACGAAUACAGUGCACGAUGACAUUGGUUACGAGCUACUUCGGCGGUCAAAUUUCUUGAAUGAGCAUUCGGAGAUUCUGAAGGAGACAGAGAAGAAGCUUCGCAAUGACAGGUACAUGUUGUUGCCCUAUCGCAUGUAUGGUUAUGUGCUGCUGAGUCGCAAAUGGUACCCAUUGGAUAUUGAUCUUCUCGAGGACAUCGUCGAAACUAAGAGCCAGUCGGACGGUUUCGAAGAUCUCGUCCUACCCGAGGACCACAAGGAAAUAGUUCGUGCGCUCGUCAAAACGCACGCUCGUGGACCUACUUCGACGUCCGACAAAGAGGCUAGACCUACUCGCCAGAUGGAUCUGGUCAAGGGCAAAGGCAAAGGUCUCAUUAUAUUGCUUCAUGGAGUCCCGGGAGUCGGCAAGACCUCCACAGCAGAGUGUGUCGCUGCGCACACGCAUCGUCCCUUGUUUCCCAUUACAUGUGGUGAUAUUGGAGGUCAAACACCCCGAGAAGUGGAGACAAACUUGGAAUCGUACUUUGAUCUUGCACGCAAAUGGGGAUGUGUCCUACUACUCGAUGAAGCGGAUGUGUUUUUGGGAGAGCGAACCAAGGGUGACAUUCUACAAAACAGUUUGGUCUCCGUCUUUCUACGAGUGCUCGAAUACUACAGCGGAAUUCUCAUCCUCACGACAAAUCGCGUGGGACAGUUCGACGAGGCUAUCAAAUCCCGUAUCCACAUCAGUCUUUACUACCCACCUCUAGACCGAAAGCGCACUUUGAAAAUCUGGAAAAUGAACCUACGACGCCUGAAAGACGAAAAUGAGGCGAAGAGCGCCGCCCAAAGUGACAAGUCGCAAUCACCGCGGAAAUCGCUUCUGCCAUACAUCGAGUUCAACCACAACGAGAUUAUGGACUUUGCAAAAGGCCACUGGAAAAUCUGUCAACAGAAUAAAAGCAACUGGAAUGGACGGCAGAUCAAGAAUGCGUUUCAGACUGCGAUUGCGCUUGCGGAGUGGGACCGAAUGACGUUUCAGAAGAGAUGCAAGAUCAAGGAAGAGAUCCCCGUCAGUCUCACCAAGGAGAACUUCAAGAAAGUAGCCGAAGCCAGCGCUAAGUUCGAUGAAUACCUGGUAUCCGUGCGUCGUUCUGACGCUGCGAAUGCUGCGGACAAGCGGAACCGCAAGGAUGAGUAUCAAGACAGGGGGAAACAGACUGAGUAUGGCAUCGCUUAUCCCACACUUGAAGAGAGGAGGGCACAGCGGAAGAAGCCCAGUCGUGCGCAGAUAGAAUCCGAUGACGACGACGACGACGACGAAGAUGAAGACGACAAUGAUAACGUCGAGGAAUCAGAAGACAGCUCUGAAGAAGAGGAGAGCACGCCUGUGGAGACGAAAGUGCAGAAACUCACAAAGAAGACGAAGAAAUCGCAGAUUGAAGUGCCAGUGAAGAAGGGGAAAAAGUCUCGUAAUGCCGUCUCGAGCAAGAAAUCUGGUGGACUGCGUAAAGAGAUUAUUGAAGACGAUUCCGAUCUUGACACUUCGGAUGAUUGA